AUAUUGGGCUUGGUGUUCAAUUGGGGGCUGCUUGGAGUGCUCAGCAGUCAAGUCUAUAUAUACUACCUCCGAUACCCGAAAGACAGCUGGAGGAUCAAGUCACUCGUGUAUGGCCUGUGCAUAGCGGAGGUCAUCCAGACGAGCCUACUUACCCAUGAUGCUGUGAUCGUCCUCGGACGUGGAUGGGGAGAUAUUACGGUCGUAACUGACAUGCACACUUUAUGGUUCAGCGGUGCAAUCAUGAAUGGGACAGCGGAUGCUAUCGUACAGCUCUAUUAUGCCUGGCGCAUUUUCAUUUUGAGCAAGUCCAUCUUUUUCACCGCAAUCAUCGUCUUAGUAUGUAACACUAGCAGAACUUCAAACUCAAUGUGCGCGAUUGCCUGCUAA